CUAAAAUCUUCAAAUUAUUUCAAUACACUCACAGUGAACUUAGAUAUAAAUAGAGCAAAUCAUUGAGUGCUCGCAUUGUUGCUCUUCGCACUGCAAUGUAAUGUAUAAAGUAUUAUCUGAACUAAUUUGACAGAAGGGCAGAAAAAUGUGGAAAGAAUUGCGCAUCUUGCUACUUGGAGAACCCAAAGUUGGCAAAACCUCCUUGAUUUUGUCUCUAGUUAGCGAAGAGUUUGCGGAAGAGGUUCCGUUGAGAGCUGAGGAGAUCACCAUUCCAGCUGAUGUCACUCCAGAAAAAGUCCCAACUCAUAUUGUUGACUUUUCUUCUGCAGAACAAAAUGACUUGCAGCUUUAUCAAGAAUUGAGUCGAGCAAAUGUUGUCUGCCUUGUUUAUGAUCUCAGUGACUCUGAUACAUUAGUAGAAGUUCAAAAUACAUGGCUUCCUGUGAUUCGGGAAAACUCUUUGCAUCCUAUGCCUAUCAUUCUAGUUGGAAACAAGUCGGACUUGGUAGGGGAUUCGCAGAUGGAUGACAUUCUGCCAAUCAUGAAUGAAUAUCCAGAAGUGGAAACCUGUAUUGAAUGUUCUGCAAAAACUCUCAAAAAUAUCAGUGAGAUGUUCUACUUCGCGCAGAAAGCUGUUUUGCAUCCUACAGCCCCACUUUUUUGCACCCAAACUGGGAUGCUGAAGAAUGAUUGCAGAAUUGCAUUGGCACGGAUAUUCUGUCUUUGCGAUUUAGACAAAGAUGGUAUGUUGUGUGAUGACGAACUAAGCAAUUUUCAGAAAAUAUGUUUUAAUACUCCUCUUGCUUCGCAGUCUUUACAAGAUGUCAAAACAGUUGUAUGCAAAAGCUGUCCAGAAGGUGUCAGGGAUGGAAAGCUCACAGUUGAAGGAUUUCUCUACCUCCAUUCAUUGUUUAUUCAGAGAGGACGUCAUGAAACCACAUGGGCUGUUCUGAGAAAAUUUGGUUACUCUGACAACCUCGAGCUCACUGACCAAUACUUGUAUCCUCCUAUUCAAGAGCCUCCACCAGAUUCUGCAUGUCAACUCACUAAUGACACAUACAAAUUUUUGGAGAUAGUCUUUCGUACUCAUGACCGUGAUCAUGAUGGCUUUUUGAAUCAAGAGGAAAUCGGCAGCCUUUUUAGUGUGUUUCCAUAUGAUCCAUGGGGACCAGAUGUAUUGUCAACAGUUCACACCAACUCACAAGGUUGGAUUUCACUGAGAGGUUUUUUUUCUCAGUGGACCCUUACUGCAUAUCUUGAUCUACCAAGAACAAUGGAGUAUUUAGCAUAUUUGGGAUAUUCAACAUUAACAGGACGGCAAUCACAAGCUGAAGCCAUCGAAUAUAUUGCGCUUCAACCACACUCUGGUAAAAGAAAGUAUAUUCAUGCAAUGCAAAGAAAAAUUUAUACAUGUAAGGUCAUAGGACCUCAUGGAGUUGGAAAGACUUCUUUUCUCCAAUCGCUGUUGGAGCGAAAGGGCGUAGCUGGUGGAUCUGAAUUUGCUAUAAACACAGUUUCAGUGCAAAGUCACCUGAAAUAUUUACUGUUACACGAGGUGGAUUCAACAGAGUUACUGGAAUCUGGCGAAGGCGCCCUGACAUGCGAUGCGAUGUGCCUUCUUUAUGAUGUGUCUGACGCUGAGAGCUUUCAAGAAUGUGUAAAUCUUUAUAAACAAUAUGUGGCAAAUACUAAUAUUCCUUGUCUGGUCAUUGCAGCAAAAUCUGACCUUCCUGCUGCAAAGCAACAUUGUGCUGUGCAGCCAAUAGACUUUUGUAGAAGCCAAGGCAUUCCACCCCCUCUAAAGUUUUCUUUGCACACAAAAGAGUGCAGUCAAACAACUUUCCAAACUGUUGCUUCAUUUGCUGCUCAUAAAAAAGGAUUGUCAUCAUAUGAUAAGUUUUCUUUUGGAACCUGGUUCAAAAUAGGACUAUUCACAGCAAUACUGGGUGUUAUAGGUUUUACAAUUUACAAGAAUACAUCACAUAGGUCCCAGUCAUUGACUUUCACCCGUGCAAAGUUUUAAUCACAUUCGAAAUUGAUUCUCUGUAUCUUAUUUUUAUCUUGGCGAUUCAGAUGGUAUCAACUACUAAAAUAUAAUAAAUGUUCAGUUCAGUGCUAAAUCAGUGAAGAAGUUUAGUUUCUCGGACGGGUGAAUGUGCCUUACCAAUGCCUUAACCUCAAUAUCUUAAAUUUAGUAUUUUUUUAUUGACAAGUGUUGCUCUCCCGUUUAAUUCAAUUCACCCUUGGAAAAGAAAUGACACAUGCUUAAGUUACUGAUUGCUUGAAUAUCCGUGAAAUGGAAAGCGUGUUCCAUAGCUGAUUAAAAAUAAUAGCUCUUUACAUAAUAUACCAUAUUAUGAGA